CAGAAGAAAGCUCUGCUACUCCAUCAGUUCUUUUCUUUGCCCAGGAACAUGGCCAACAGGAAAGUAAUUGCAGUGUUCGGAGCAACAGGUGUUCCCACCGCAGAGCCUUUGUGCUGGCUGCUCCCUCACUGAGGAUGAUCUUUCCCAGGAUCUCAGGGUGGCUCUGUGGCCAAGGCCCUUUUGGAGAGCAAACAUUUUGCAGUGAGAGCACUGACGAGGGACGUGACUCGACCAAAUGCCCUAGCGCUCCAGAAGCUUGGCGCUGAGGUGGUAAAAGGUGACCUGAAUGACAAAGCGUCAGUGGAAGCUGCCUUAAAAGGAGCCUAUGGGGCCUUCAUGGUGACCAACUUCUGGGAGCAUUUCAGCAAAGACAAGGAAGUGUGUCAGGGAAAGAUGGUGGCAGAUACUGCCAAGCACCUGGGGCUGAAGCACGUGGUAUACAGUGGCCUGGAGAACGUGGAGCGGCUGAGUGGGGGCAAGUUGAAGGUGCCCCACUUCGAUGGGAAGUGAGAGGUGGAGGAGUAUUUCUGGUCCAUUGGCGAUCCCAUGACUAGCGUGUGCUUGGCAGCUUAUUUUGAAAACUUUCUCACCACUUGGAAGCCGUCGAAAGCCCCUGACGGAGAUUUCUACACCUUAGCACUGCCCAUGGGGGAUGUACCAAUGGAUGGUAUCUCUGUUGCUGAUGUUGGAGCAGUUGUUUCUAGCAUUUUUAAUUCUCCAGAGGAGUUUAUAGGCAAAGCUGUGGGCCUCAGUGCAGAAGCACUAACAACACAGCAAUAUGCUGAUGUUUUCUCCAAGAGUCUGGGCAAAGAAGUCCGAGAUGCAAAGAUCACCCCGGAAGCUUAUGAAAAGUUGGGAUUCCCUGCAGCAAAGGAAUUGGCUGAUAUGUGUCGCUUUUAUCAAAUGAAGCCAGACCGUGAUGUCAAACUCACCCACCGUCUAAAUCCCAAAGUCAGAAGCUUCAGCCAGUUUAUCUCGGAGAACCUAGGAGCCCUUAAAGACUUAUAGAAAAAUCAGCUGUUCAGACAGGCUUCGACCUCACAGCCUCUGUAAUCCUGUUCCUAUCUGUAGCACAACAUCCACAUUUAUUGAACAGAUAUGUUAGAAUGCAGUUAUUUGCAGACCCCUUUAAUCCUCUUUUUAGUAGGAAACAUUGCUUUAGUGAUUUGGCACAGUAUUGGAUUCACAUAAAAUUUUACAGCUUGUGAUUAAGGUGGUCCAACUAUUUGGUUAAAUGAAAGCACUUUCUUUCUUCCUUCCCACUGGGAAUGGAACCCAGUUCCUUGUGCAUGCUCAGCAUGCAUUCUACCACUGAACUAUCCCUCCUGCCCCCAUAUCACCUUCUGUAGCUUUCUCUUUCCAACAACCAAGUCACCUCAAAAAGCUCUGGCCUGAUGAACUUGGAGCAUCAUGAAUGGGAGGCCACUCAGCUUUCCCCUAGGAAGAGUGAUCUCAAGGGUCAGUUCUGAAAUUCCCCUAGGUGGCUCCACCUUCUCAAGUGUAUCACAAAAUUUUCUGUGAACUUUGAAGUAACUUGAAUUUUGAAACCAACAUCUUUGUAGAGAGUCUUCUGGGGAACAUGGUGUUUCAUGAACAAGCACAAGCUUUGGAAACUGAAAUUCAGUGUUGCUUCAGGGUUGGGAGUUUAUUCUCUGAUUCACUCAUUAAAGCCUCUAUUGCAUCAUCA